AUGCACACACGGGGGUAUUUGAAUCAUCUGUGGAGUUCCGGGAACUUGGGUUCGCAGAUGAAAAGCCUUACAGGAUGUGGAAAGAGUGAUUACACCCCUGGCCCCAAAGUCCGACGCCAUGUAGCAUGGAAACGCCCUGCAGUAAUUGCCGGUAAGCUUUUGAAUCUGGGGUAA